AUGUCAAUAAAUACAUAUAGCAAGAUGAUAGUGGAGACUUGGGGUACUGUGGCAAAAAAUAAUAAAGCUUUAAGUGUAGAUUUAUGGUUUGCAUCUUCUGAAGAUACUUUAAGGAAAUUUGGAUGGCCUAAUGUUCCUGGUUUCGAAGAUGAGUCAAAAUCUGACAAAACUAAAUCAAAAGAAAAAAAUAAAGAUGGUUCGACGGAAAUAGAUAAUACUUCUGAAGACUCUAAAACUUCAAAGAAAACUCCUGGAAAAGAUAAUCUUAAAGAAAUGAUGAGAGAACUUGUUGAACAAACUAUGGUUUUUGAAGAACCUGCAGAAUUAAGUAAAGAACAAAAAUCUUUUAGAACAGUUACUAAAGCUCUUCAUUUUCUUUAUGAAUACCAUCUUGAUCAUUAUAAUUUUUUUUUAAAAAUUACAGAUAAAACAUUUGUUCAUUUGCCACGCCUUUUAGAAUUACUUUCGAAAACAACACGUAAACCUCGACUAAUAGGUCGUCCUGAUAUUGAUGAUGAAACUAAUGUAAAAUUUUGUUGGAAUGGCCCUGGUUAUAUAUUGAGUAAAGAUCUUUUAGCUAUUGUAGGCCCACACUUACCUUUUUGUCUUGAAGAUAAAUCAAUUACCGAAGAUAUAGCAUUAGAAAGAUGUUUAUAUAAUAACGCACCUACUUUUAUUGGGUGUGAAGAUUUUACUAAUGGAACAGGUCAUGAAUUUUUGUACUUACAGCCAGAUGAUGAUGUAAAUUGGGCAAAUGUUGUUCAUCCAGAACGACAAUUCAGUGAUGGUCAUCUCGGAGGAUGGACCUUUGCAAAUUCUGUAAUAGUCAGUGGGGUUACAAGUAUUGAGACAUUAAAAGAUUUACAUAAGGCGGAUGAUGUUACUUAG